CAUGGGAUACCUGUGUUAGUGAAAAACAAGAUGGCGAACGUUGGUGUGCUAUUUCGCCAGAUUUGCGAAAGCCAACGUUUUGGCCGAUUUUUCUUCUCCAGAGGAAAUUCUCUUCAAUGUCGUAGUUUCAGGCUAAUUCGUAACGAGUCCUGGAAAACUAAUGACCAUAAUGGUGUAGAAGAACUAGUUGUGACUUCAGGAAGGACGAGGUUAAUAAUGAGGCCCUUGGUCUUCACUGUUGUUGCAAGUGGAGGCUCCUUCGUAGGCUGUGCUAUUCUACAGUAUGAAAGGAUCAGAGCAAGCUACUCCAACUGGAGCCAAAAUAUUAAAUCACUAGAUUUUCCAAAAUUAUUUGGAUUCCGACAAAAGUUAAAUAGAUGGUGGAAAACCUUACCUGAUGGUCGAAAGACUGCCACAGGAAUUAUAUUUCUAAAUGCUGUUGUUUUCUUGCUAUGGAAAAUACCAACACCACAAGUACAAUCAGCAAUGUGGAGAUGGUUUGUUUCUCAUCCUAUUAUCGCACCCCCCUUAACCCUUUUAACAAGCUGCUUCAGUCACAUAGACUUCUGGCAUGUUGCCAUUAAUAUGUAUGUUUUAUGGAGUUUUGCGCCGACAAUUGAAGCUCUUCUCGGCAAGGAACAGUUUAUUGCUUUUUAUCUUUCUGGAGGAAUAAUAGCCUCAUUUGCAAGCCAAGCAUUCAGAAUUUUAGCUAAACAGCCUAUUCGCCCUUCUCUUGGAGCUUCUGGGGCGCUAUUCGCUGUUCUUUCAUACGUUUGCAUCAGUCUCCCUGACACAGAACUAGCUUUAGUUUUCCUGCCUUGGUUUACGUUCUCUGCUGGGAAGGCUUUAAUGGGAGUGGUAGCAUUAGAUGUAGCUGGACUGCUGUUCAGAUGGCAAAUGUUUGAUCACGCGGCACAUCUAGGGGGAGCGGUAUUUGGCGCGUUAUAUCUAAAAUAUGGUCAUCAUUACCUGUGGGACAAGAGAGGAUGGCUGAUAAAGAAAUGGCAUCGUUUACGAGGGAAAUCACCUACCCCUCCUCCUUCCUGAUCGUUGUCGCCUUUAGAACAAGACAAAACGUGACGGGCUGAUCGUUUGUCUGAGUAACUCAUUACAGAAAACUUACUAUCAGCCUCGAUAAAGAGCAAAGCCCAAGUCGUCUUUUUGCACGGUAAGGCUUGUUGUUCGGCCCUUCGUUCCUUGACUACAGACCUAAAAAUGAGAUGAAAUUGUAGUGGUCAAUGGAGUUGGAGUAAAGAAAAAAUAUAUAUAUACAAAACAGUACUUUUGAACGUCCUGGCUCAGAAAACAGCCGUGUCGACGCAUUUCAAACUACAGUUUGCUUCGAUUUCUCUGUGUUUUUUCGGUUUCAUCUCAACUGAUGUAAUGUUUUAUUUUGACUUUGGAAUGAUGUCCCAAAUAAUGUAAGAUUAUUUUUAAAUAACUUGAAAUAUGAAGUAAAAAGUUGCAUGAAAAGCUGAUUUUUCCCCCUGAAAAGCUGGUGGGAUUUGGCGGGAAAAUUAGCCAUGGCUGUGCGCGUGCGCGGUUCUCGUGUUCUUUUGACGUUCUUAGUUUUGUAACCGAAAACAAAUGAUAUGAAAACGAAACGAAACGAAAAAAAAAACAACAACAACAAACAAACGAUUAUUAUGAUAGGAUGGGUUUUUAUAAUGGGAUUUGUUCAUAAGUCGCGAGACCUUGGAUCUCUACAGCAAGCAACGUUCGUGCUGUGAAGAUAGACACAUGUCUGCUGGCAGGAUCCUGCCGGCGUACUACCCCACGCAUUAGUAGAGCUUCUGUUUAGGUUUCUUUAUAAACCUACACACUGUUUUAGAAAUAAUGCCUUUGAUUUUUUGAGGCCUCUAAUAUUAGAUUUGAAUACAUUUGUCCCUUUGGGGGGAGGAGAGGGUGAUUAGAGGAUAUUUUACUUCAUUUUCAUUUUUAACCGUCAGUACUUUGUGAAAAAAUUUCAAAGAAACCGGAUGAGUGAUUAAUGUGAAAAUAAAUAGAUAAACUUUCAAUAAAAGAAACUAGACUCAAACUUCAUAACUUAGGUACACAGGAUAACAAAAUGUUUUGUUAUCUUGGUAAGUUUCCGUGAAGUCACCAUCCUGUCACGUGACACGGUUGGAUACUAACAAACCUUGUCAUUUCACACGCUGUUUUCGUUGUCUACGAGAAGCUACUGAGACCUCUAAACCAUCCAGUAUAUAGAUGAUUUGUUUACUUCCUUACAAAUUAUUGAAUACAUAUAAGGUAGCUCUUGUCAAAACGUUACGCAUGCCGGGUAACUACAGACGCUGAACCGUAUUCCAACGUAGGUUCAAAACUAGACAGUAAUAUACAUAUAUAUCUCAACGACCAGUCAAGCAAAGCAAUAAUAAUUUUAUCCAAUAUCGGAAAAAUUCCAUGACUUUUUUUUCUUGACUUCUUUCCCUCGUCAAAUAAACCCAUCAUCAUAAAACAAUUUAGAAAUGAAUAAAUGUUUGAUUAAUCCUUGAUUUACCGGUAUUAGUUCGCAGCUUGAAGUCAAAAAAAUCAAUCUUAUUGUAUUAAAUCUAGUUUAAAUCGUAUUUUCGUUUUUGUUUCCACGAAAAUUAAUCAACUCAAAUGCAGUAGCACUUCCUCUGAAUUAGGAAAUGAUUAUUGAAUCAAACAAGUCAUUAUUCUUCGAAAACUGAGCGUUUUUCGAACCGGUAUUUCAGUUUUUUUCAUAGAGAAACGUGUGUAGUAUCGAAGCAUCUGGCACAGCUUGGCAUUAAACUCAAAUAUCCCCAACAAAGAACGAAAUUAAAUCUCAUCUAGUUCAGAAUGUUAACUAGUUGUUUAGAAUUGGUUUUAAUUUCACUGGGAUUAAACUAUAUUAAAUGUAGGAAUAUUAUUGAAUAUUUGUACUUGAAACUAGUAUUGGUCAGUUCUUGUGUUGCAAGGCAACGACCAUGGCAAAGUCAAGGUGCUCAAGCAUCAUACUUGGUCAGUUUAAAACACCAAACCAGACAGAUCUUAAGUACGUCGGUACUCCUUCGAGCACAAACCUUUUACUAUGUACAAGACAAAUGAAAUAAAAUUACAAUUUAUGAUUUA